AGCAGCUGGAGUCCCACACUUCGCUCUCUCUCUCUCUCUCUCUCUCUCGCUCUCUCUCUCUCUCUCUUUCUCGAAAAAACGCACUAAAUGCAUUAACAACUCUCCACGCGCUUCCCUGACGCCCGCGUUGUUUUCCACGCACAUCUGCGGUCUGCUGUCGGCAGAUAUUAUCGGCGGGCUGAUGGUGUCGGUCCGGCGGUGGUUGAACACAGCAAACUGUGAGAAGGAGGGGAAAGACGGACAAGAGGAAAAACUCUGGCAGCGCCGUUUUGGAGUUGGAGUUGCAGCGUAAAAAAAAAAAAAAAAAAAAAAAAAGGAGAGAGAGAGCGAGAGAGAGAGAGAAAGUCCCAGGCAACUCCAGAGGCACAUCUGCCACUUAGGAAGAAGAGAAGAAGAAAGAAAGAAGAGCUUUUUUUUAAUUUUUCUGAGAAGACAAGGGGGAAAAAAAGCAUCCAAGAAACAACAGUCGUCUUGGCUCCAUGAGGUCUUGAGGAAUGAACCAUCGCUAUGGAAACCCAGUCCCAGGCCAGUUCAGCAGCUGAGAAGAAGAAGAGGGUGGAGACCAUCGUGGCGACCAAGGGCUCGUCGGCACGCAGCGACAUCAGCGAGAAGGCGGUGGCCUCCAGCACCACCUCAAAUGCAGAGGACGAGAGUUCGGGCACGCCUUACCACCGCGAGAGGCGCAAUGCCAUCAGCUCCCAGGCCGCGACGCCCGGCGCCCCCGACCGGAGCGUGACCGAAGAGCCCUCCACCUCCACGGAGGAGCGCCCCUCCCUGCUGAAGAAGGAGCUGCACGGCUCCCUGCCCCACUUGUCCGACCAUGCCCUGCCGUACCGGGGCACGCUCUUCGCCAUGGACCCCCGCAACGGCUACCUGGACUCACACUAUCCUGCUCCUCAGUUCUUCCCGACUUUCCAUCCGCCGGUGCCAAUCGACGACAGACACGCCCAGGGACGUUACAUCUACGAGCCUUCCCCUGUGCCCCCGCUUCACGUGCCUCCUGCGCUGGCGGGCAGUCCGGCCUUCUCCGACAUCUCCCUCAUCCGGAUCUCCCCUCAGCGGAACCCGUCGGUGGGGGCGGAGUCUCCCUUCCACCCGCCGCACCACUACAUCAACCCCUACAUGGACUACAUCCGCUCCCUCCACAGCAGCCCCUCCAUCUCCGUUCUGUCGGCCACCCGGGGCCUCAGCCCCGCCGACGCGCCUCACACCGGCCUCACCACGGCCGAGUACUACCACCAGAUGGCUCUGCUGGCAGGCCACCGCAGCCCGUACGCCACCGACCUCCUCCCGUCCGUGGCGUCCACGGCGGGGGCCGGCGGCGCCAGCGCCCUGCACAUGGAGUACCUGCAGGCGAUGGACAGCUCCCGCUUCCCCAGCCCGAGGCUCCCGUCACGGCCCAGCAGGAAGCGGCCGCUGCCCAUCUCGCCGCUGUCGGAGCACAGCUUCGACCUGCAGACUAUGAUCCGCAACUCGCCCAACUCCCUGGUCACCAUGCUGAACAACUCUCGCUCCAGCUCCUCCACCAGCGGCUCCUACGGCCACCUCUCCGCCGGAACCAUCAGCCCGGCCCUGAGCUUCGCCUACCCCCCCACCCCGGUGGCUCUGCACGUGCACCAGCAGCUGAUGGGCCGCCAGCCGGGCAUCGUGGGCUCCGCCUUCGGCCACAGCCCCCCCCUCAUCCACCCGACGCCGGCCUUCGCCACCCAGCGGCCCGUGCCCGGCAUCCCGCCGUCCGGCCUCAGCGCCAGCGAGCGCUCCGCCAUCUCCAACGACUCCUCGCAGACUAAACCAACAAGUGAGUCGGCGGUGAGCAGCACGGGCGACCCCAUGCACCACAAGCGCUCCAAGAUGAAGCCGGAGGAGGAGCUGCCGAGCCCGGGCGCCGUGAGCGUGCAGGAUCAUCCUGACGGGAUGACGCUGGUGAAGGAGGAAGGAGACAAGGAUGAGAGCAAACAGGAGCCGGAGGUGGUUUAUGAGACCAACUGUCACUGGGAGAACUGCUGCCGCGAGUUCGACACCCAGGAGCAGCUCGUACAGCACAUCAACAAUGACCACAUCCACGGCGAGAAGAAGGAGUUCGUGUGUCGGUGGGAGGAAUGCUCUCGAGAGCAGAAGCCCUUCAAGGCACAGUACAUGCUGGUGGUCCACAUGCGCAGGCACACGGGGGAGAAACCACACAAGUGCACGUUUGAGGGCUGCACCAAGGCCUACUCCCGUCUGGAGAACCUGAAGACUCAUUUGCGCUCGCACACGGGAGAGAAGCCGUACGUGUGCGAGCACGAGGGCUGCAACAAGGCCUUCUCCAACGCCUCCGACCGGGCGAAGCAUCAGAACCGAACACACUCCAACGAGAAACCGUAUGUGUGUAAAAUCCCCGGCUGCACCAAACGCUACACGGACCCCAGCUCCUUACGGAAGCACGUCAAGACGGUGCACGGGCCGGAGGCGCACGUCACCAAGAAGCAGCGGGGGGACUACCCGCGGCCCCCGCCCCAGCCCCGGGAGCCCGGGGGCAACGGCCAGGGGCGGUCCCCGGGGCACGUGCCCCUGGGCGGCUACGCCGACCAAAGGGAGUACAACCACGCUACCUCAAAACAGGAUGAAUGUCUGCAGGUCAAGUCUAUCAAGACAGAGAAGCCUAUGACGUCUCAGCCAAGCCCUGGCGGUCAGUCUACAUGCAGCAGUGACCAGUCCCCCAUCAGCACCUAUCCCAGCAGUGGAGUCCAGCUUGCUGUGAGCGCCGGACGCUCGCCAGGGGAGGGGUUGGAGGAGGACGAGGAGAAAGAGGAGAAUGAAGACGAGGUGGAGGAGGAGUGCGAGGGCGAGCACGCCCCCAUCAUGGACUCCACGGUCUCCACGGCCACUGCAGCCAUGCUGACCCUGCAGGCGAGGCGAAGCAUCGGCCGCCCGCUGCGCUGGAUGGAGCACAUUAAGAUGGAGAGGCUGAAGCAGGUGAACGGAGCGCUGCCCAGGCUGGGGCCCCUGUCCCCGACACCACCCCCAAAAGGUCCUGCAGCGCCCAGCAUUCUGGGGAAGGGAUCCUGUCUGGGCAGGCAGUGGGGAGUAUCGGCUCCUCAGCCUCCUCCUCAUGCUGAGCUGAGCAGCACCGAGCUAACCGUGCUAAACCUGCUCCGCGACCGUCGAGACAGCAGCGGGAGCGCGACCAGUUCGGCCUACCUGAGCAGCAGCCGGCGCUCCUCGGGCAUCUCCCCCUGCUUCUCCAGCCGACGCUCCAGCCAGGCGUCCCAGAACGACGGGAUGACGGCGGCCGCCCACCACCGCCGCCUCCACAACCUCAGCUCCACGGACUCCUACGAUCCCAUCUCAACCGAUGCCUCCCGCCGGUCCAGUGAGGCCAGUCACUACGGAGGCGGGGUGGGAGGUGGCGGAGGGAUGCUCUCAGGUGGUGGCUGUGGAGGUCUGGGAGGAGUUGGUAUGGGAGGAGGAGGAGGUGGAGGAUCACGAGGGAUGCUCAACUUAACCCCAGCACAGCACUACCACCUUAAAGCCAAGUACGCCGCAGCAACCGGCGGCCCCCCUCCGACGCCGUUACCUAACAUGGAGCGCAUGAGCUUGAAGACUCGGAUGACCAUGAUGGAUGAGGGUGGCAGCAGUAGCUGCUUGCCUCCGCUUGUCAGGCCGCCCCGUUACAGUGAAGGCACCAGCGGGUACAGCAGUGGGUACAUGGGGCAUGCGGGUUACAGGAGAAGGGUCCUCUAUCCCGGGGAGGGACCACUGAACGGGAACAGGAGAGCCAGCGAUCCAGUGCGGACGCAGGCUCCCGAGAGUUGCAGUUUGCCCCCGGUGCAGCGUUUCAACAGCCUUAAUAACCUCCACCCCCUUCCCCCACUGGCUCAUCAUUCUUCGCCCGAAUCCCGCAAUUUCAGCCUCCAAAAUUACACACGCUCAGAGGGUAACCUCCAGAGGGGCCUGCAGCACUCACCAUACACUCCUAGCAUAGCGGAACAUGCGGCCUUAGAAGCCCUGGCCAUGGAGGACGACGGGGUGGCUGGCCUGUUGCUUGGGGAUGAAGAUAUGCUGCCCGAUGACCUGGUCCAGUAUCUCCACUCCCAGGUGGACAGUGGCUCCUAUAUGCACAAUGAGGACCAAAUAGUUCUUAACCAAAGGGACACCUCCCACCUACCUUUGGAGGAAGUCAAUCAAAUUCACACCUCAGAGUUUAAUCUGGCGUUCCCUGGCCCCCAAAACCUCCAGCUGCAUCAAGUCGGAGAGCGGAAGAGUCCCAGUAAACUUCCAAUCCAGUGGAAUGAAGUGAGCUCUGGGAGUGCUGAGCGGUCGCCUCAGAGGGAACAGAACCACCUUUCACAGUGUGGACGGUGGUCCACGACAGAGCAAGGCCCGGUAUCUGCACCUUUUGGAAGGUUUGGAAACAUGGUGGUCCAGCAGCAAAUGCCCCUAGACUUCCAGAACAGCUGUGCCCAGGAUAAUCAGCCUCAGAGCGCAUGCUGCGUCAACCUCGGGGUGAAGUUAGAAACAUCCAAUAGUUCCUGCAUGGAGAUGAGAGGUACCGGUCACAACGUCUUCGGCAGGCCUAACUUUUCACAGAUCAUCGAUGGGCCUCUUCCCCAGAGUUUCAAACAACACGUCUCGAACGGACCUCAGAAACAGAGCCACUUUCAGCAGAACCUCAACGGCAGCGGCCCGUGCCAGAUUGGUAACAACCCAGCCCUGUGUCGGUCUGCCAUGGACAGCCUCCCCAGCCUCUCCCAGGGAACAGCUCUUCAGCACAAUCGACUAGCUCAUGCCCCUCGUCCACCAGUCAGUGGUUACAGGAACUUGGUCAGAACCCAGCAGUACCUCAACUCUGAGAGCGCCAGUGAAGUCCAAGCUUGCCCCAAUCAGCAACAGCAGCUGCAGAGGAAUGGAGACCACUGUUCUCUUGCAAAUCAGGUGUCAGGGCUGAAACUCGAGGCCACCGACCACGGAUACUUAGAGCAAGGCUUUGGUGACUGUCUGUCCUAUGAGCCAGCAGAUAGGAAGGCCUCCUCAUUUCCUGCUCUGGAGGAUCCGUGCUUGCUGGACUCCAUGAUUGAGUCUCAGGUGCAAGGUGGUGGCGACAACAACAGUGGGAACUCAGUGGCUCUUCUUUCCCCUGGCGCAGAUCAGGUGACGAGCACCAUGGAUGGCGGCGUGACGGGCGUUUUGGAUGAAGGGGUACCCCUGGACUUCGGUGUAAUGCUGGAGGACGGCUGUGACCAGGGCAGCCUGGUGUCGGGGGUGUUGAGUCCCUCCAUCUUUCAGGGUCUGUCCAGGACCUCGUCGCGUCUCACCACCCCGCGAGCGUCCGCUGCCUUCCACAGCGUGGCUCCCGGCGUCAACAACAUGGCCAUCGGAGACAUGAGCUCCCUCCUCUCCACACUUGCGGAGGAGAGCAAGUUCUUGGCGAUCAUGCAGUAGCUGCCCUCUUUCUGCUUUCUCCUCUAUUCGGUUCGAUGGAAAAAGGAAUAGAAAAACUCUGGUGUAUGUGAAGAUUACAAGAAAAAGAAAAGUGUCAAUGAUGAAACCUUUCUUGUGUACUUAAGUGUUCUGGAAACAGGCAGUUGCCAAACCCGUUUAUUUUGUAAAAAAAAAAAUUCAUCCUACACAGAAAUGGGAUGUGUCAAAAAUGAUGUAUAUAUAGUUAUAUUCCUUUUCGGGAAUGAAGGCUAUUUUUGGAAGCCCGUCUCUUUGUACAACAACGUGGUGGUGAGCAAAAGCUCAUUUUAUUGAAUCAGUAUUCUAUGUAUUGUCACUGUUAUUGCUGUAUACCCUGUAGGUAAAGAACAAAAUGCAUGUAAUCAACAUUGAACACUGUCUAUACGAGCACAUAGACUAGUCCAUUGUAGAAAGUAAGAAGCGCUCUGCUCUCACAGGUACAAAACUGUUCUCAGUUCUGCUCAUUGGUUUAACAAGUUUUAAAAAAUUACAAAAAAAAAAAAAAGACUUUAUAUACAUCAUUAGUUUUAAUUGUGGUAUAUUUACAUUUGCUGUUGUUUUGUUUCUGUUUCUUUUGUGAAGCUGUAAAUGUUUCAGUGCUUCUUCCAUCUUUUACCAAGUGGUAUUUUGUUUUUUUGUUUUUGUCAAGUUACAACCAAGUCCAAAAAAAAUAAAGGAACGGACCAGACUUUCAAGUCUUCGUGGCACUGUAGACCGUCAUCUACUUGAUAUCUAAAUGACUUGAUUUAGUUCGACUGAUAAGGUACUCUCACUUUGUACAUAACAGUGUUUUUCUAUUCUGUUUGUGGUCUGAUUUUUGACGUUGGAUUGCACGGUUGUUGAUGUUAAAAAAGA